AUGGCCGUCCGAGUAAAGAAACCCGAUGAUGAGCCUGGCGCGGCCUGGGUGGCCAUUGUGAUUGGUAUCUUCGUUGCCUUUGGUGGAUUACUGUUCGGAUAUGACACAGGCACAAUUUCUGGCAUCCUGGAGAUGCCCUACUGGAAGGAGACAUUUUCCACAGGAUAUAUCGACGCCAAUGGAGAGCCAGGCAUCAGCUCCGGCGAGGAAUCACUCAUCGUCUCGAUUCUCUCUCUGGGAACCUUUCUCGGUGCGCUCACGGCUGCUCCGACGGCGGAUUUCUUUGGACGAAGAAUGGGUUUGAUUCUCUCAACUGCAUUUGUCUUCAAUCUCGGAGUCAUUUUGCAAACUGCUGCAACCAGUCAGCCGUUGUUUAUUGCCGGUCGAUUCUUUGCCGGCUACGGCGUUGGAUUGAUCUCAGCUAUGAUCCCUCUUUACCAGUCAGAAACGGCGCCGAAAUGGAUUCGAGGGACAAUCGUUGGAAGCUACCAGCUCGCAAUCACAGUUGGCCUCUUCUUAGCUGCAAUCGUCAAUAAUAGCACCGGUCAACGACCUGAUUCGGGCUCUUAUCGAAUCCCUGUCGCCCUGCAAUUUGCCUGGGCUAUCAUUCUGGUCGGAGGUCUUCUUGUUCUGCCCGAGACCCCUCGCUUCCACAUCAAAAAGGGCAAUUACGAAAAAGCCAUCAAAGCACUUUCGAAGCUUCGCCGACUUCCCCAGGAUCACCCUGGUCUAGUCGAAGAACUCGCAGAAGUGCGUGCCAACCAUGAGUACGAGAUGUCAUUGGGCAAGGGCAGCUAUGCAGACCUAUUGAAGGGGACAAUUGCUAAACGACUCAUCACCGGUUGUUUACUUCAGGCACUCCAACAGCUUUCCGGCGUAAAUUUUAUUUUUUAUUACGGAACCGCCUAUUUCACUCGCGCAGGCUUCCAGAAUCCUUUCAUCAUCCAGGUUAUCACCAACACUGUCAACGUGGUCAGUACUUUCCCUGGACUCUAUCUAGUUGAGAGACUUGGACGACGUAAUUUGCUUCUAUGGGGUUCAGCUGGAAUGUGUGUCUGCCAAUAUAUCGUGGCCAUCACCGGUACCGUGGCGGGUACGGAAGACUUGGCAGCUCAACGAACGGCUAUCGCAUUCGUCUGCAUCUACAUCUACCACUUCGCAUCCAGCUGGGGUCCAGUCGCCUGGGUGGUGACAGGAGAACUCUUUCCGCUGAAAAUCAGAGCUCGAGCUCUAAGCAUCACAACAGCUACGAAUUGGCUGCUCAACUUUGCGAUUGCUUAUUCGACACCGUACCUCGUGGACGUGGAGCACGCAAACCUACAGUCCAAAGUAUUUUUCAUCUGGGGAACGUUUUGCGGCAUCGGAUUUGCUUUUGUCUGGUUCAUGAUCUACGAGACCAAGGGCCUUACGCUUGAGCAGGUUGACGAGCUCUAUGAGAUGGUUGACAAGGCCUGGCAGAGCAAGAAGUUCCGCCCCAAGGUUAGCUUCCGUGAUGCCAGCACCGCCGAACAAGGCGGCGAUGGAGCAAGGAAAAUGAGCAUCCGCCAGAUGAGUGUCGCCCAGGAGCAGCGCCGAGCCUCUCAGGCAAACAGCGAGACUUUGAAUGAGAAGAACACGGCGUGA